AUGGGUUUCCGAAGCCCACUGCUCUCCUCCCUCUUCACAUUAGGCAUGACCCUCAUAGCCCAACCAAGCAAUGGAGCCUCCACCGCGCGCCCUUACUCAGCUCGGAUGGCCGACAGCAUUAUUCUGCGCGGCCAGGCGGUCCUCGAAAACCAGGCUGAUUCAUCGUCGCUGUUGCAGGUUGGGGCUUUCCAGACUGCGCUCCUGGACCUGGUAGAGUCGCCGUCUGGUCGGUAUAUGGAACAGGACUGGGAGAGCUACCUCAGUCGCAGCACUGAUAGUGUUGUUGGCGUUGUUAAUAAUGCAACUAAGGACACGGGGUAUCCCCUUGAUCGUCUGUCGGUGGGGAAAGGGUUGUUUUACCGGUAUGAGAAUACCGGAGGCAAUAUCUACAGGGAUACAUUGACUGCGUUGCGCACCUCGAUCGACCUGCAGCCGCGAAACAAAUUCGGCGGACUCUGGUACUACGUCUACCCAUACUGGAGCUACCUAGACGGGAUGUUCUCCCUGCUCUCAUUCUACCCGCUGUACACCUCCCAUCUCGACAUUGACAACACAACCUCGGUGAACAAGGACCUCUUCCACCAGCUCGAACUCUUAUGGGAGCAUUGCCACGAUGACUCGACAGGUCUCCUCUUCCACGGCUACGACGCAACUAAGACAGCCUCCUGGGCGAACCCAUCGACCGGUGCAAGCCCCUACGUCUGGGGCCGUGCCCUUGGCUGGUUCAUGAUGGGGCUCGUUGAUGUUCUCGAGCUCCAUCUCAUGGAUUCCCAAGUGGCGGCGUGGCGUGCGCGAUUCGUUGAUCUCGUCAAUUCUAUCGUUGAUGCUGUCGAGCCGGCUUCUGGGUGCUGGUGGCAGGUUAUUUCGGCCCCUGGGCGGGAAGGGAAUUAUAUUGAAUCUAGUGCGUCGGCUAUGUUCACUUAUACCCUGUACAAGGGGGUGCGUCUUGGCUUUUUGCAGGAUGAAAAUGCCAGUGUCCAGGGUAGGAAUUAUACGCAAGUCGCUACUCGGGCGUACAGCACGCUUGUGGACAGAUUCGUCGUGGAGAAUCCGGACCAGACGCUGAGCUAUAAUGGAACCGUGAGCGUCUGCAGUCUGAACUCUACUGCUAGCUAUGAGUACUAUACCACGCAACCGCUGCUAUAUGAUAGCGUGUUGGGUUCCGCAGCUUUCGUUCGUGCCAGCGUAGAGCACGAAUUGAGGCAUCAAACUUCUUGAGAAGACUAUACAGAAUCCUUUGCAGCUUGACCAAAAAUUUAGAAGACUUCAUCACAAAGAACCUACAUUGCAGUUGUAGAUUUAUAGUAUAUUUACCUAGCCACACACUUGGACGUGUGCAGCAAAUGCCCCCUCUCUCUACGCACAUAGGCAGCAAAACACGCCGCAGCUACCGCAAUAGCACCAUAGCUGAUGUACACCGGAUACUUGAACUGGUCCGGGUCCUCGAAAACAAUCGUAGUCGCAAACGAAAUCAUCUCAAACACGCUCUGCAGCGCCAUCUCCGUCGCGGAGAAUCGGGCCCUGUUUCCUGCUUCGAUGCUCU